GCAAAAAAAAAAAGAAACGAAACAAGAGUGAAAUCAGAAGCAGCCGCCGCUCAAACCCCUAAACCCUAGCCACCGUACCUCCAUCCCCUACUUCCUCGGCGGCGGCUGGCGGCCACCAGUAGCAGAGGAGGAGAAGCGUGGAGGGGGAGAUGCCGCUGGGGCAGCGCGCGGGGGACAAAAGCGACUCUCGCUACUGCGGGGUCGAGGUGCUCGACUUCCCCGCCGGCGACGGCCUCCCCGCCGUCCUCUCCCACUCCCUCUCCUCCGCGUUCGACUUCGUCCUCGCCCCACUGGUUGACCCUGCGUACCGGCCCUCGUCCGGCGCCGUGCUGCCGGUGGCUGCGUCGGACCUUGUCCUCAGCCCGUCCCAGUGGAGCACCCACGUCGUCGGGAAGCUCAGCGAGUGGAUCGAUUUGGACGCGGAGGACGAGCAGCUCCGGCUGGACUCGGAGCUUACGCUGAAGCAGGAGAUCGCGUGGGCGUCUCAUCUCUCGCUGCAGGCAUGCGUUCUUCCUACCCCCAGGAGAUCUUCUUGUGGCAACUAUGCUAGAGUUGUGAAUCAAAUUUUGCAAGGCCUGACCAAUAUGCAGUUGUGGCUUAGGUUACCUCUGGAGAAGUCUGAGCCAAUGGAUGAUGAUCAUGAUAAAGUAAAGAAUAACAACCACAUGUUGCAGAGUGAAAUGGUAGACUCGUGGGAAUUGUGGAAUACAUUCAGAUUGUUAUGUGAUCAUAGUAGUCAACUAUAUGUGGCGCUUGAUAUUUCGAGCACACUGCCAUCAGCGAACUCACUAGGGCGGUGGUUUGGGGAGCCUGUAAGGGUUGCUAUUCUUCAAACAAAUGUUUUUCUAACAAACGCCAAAGGCUAUCCUUGUUUGUCAAAGCGGCAUCAGAAUCUGCUAACUGGAUUUUUUAAUCAUUCUGUUCAGGUAAUAAUUUCUGGGAGAUCAAAUCACAAUGUUUCCCGGGUAGUUGAAGGAGUUCUCUCAGGUGAUGAAAACCACACUGAAGAUACCCCAGUUAGACAUGUGUUGAGCCCAUACCUGGAUUACACUGCGUACCUGUAUCGGAGAAUGGAUCCACUUCCGGAGCAGGAAUGCUUUGAGAUCAAUUACAGGGAUUUUUUGCAAUCUCCUCUCCAGCCUCUAAUGGACAAUUUGGAAGCUCAGACUUAUGAGACAUUUGAGAAAGACGCCGUGAAGUAUACUCAAUAUCAAAGAGCAAUUGCUAAGGCCUUGGUUGAUAGGGUCUCAGAUGAUGCAAUCGCCAGAACCAGGACGGUGCUGAUGGUUGUUGGAGCAGGCCGAGGACCUCUAGUAAGAGCAUCAUUGCAGGCUGCUGAAGAAACAGGCCGCAAAUUAAAAGUAUAUGCUGUCGAGAAAAAUCCUAACGCUGUUAUUACUCUUCAUAGCUUGAUCAAAUUGGAGGGGUGGGAAAGCUUGGUUACUAUAAUAUCUAGUGACAUGCGGUGCUGGGAUGCCCCUGAAAAAGCAGAUAUUUUGGUCAGUGAGUUGCUUGGGUCCUUCGGUGACAAUGAACUAUCUCCUGAGUGUCUAGAUGGUGCCCAGCGAUUCUUGAAGCCAGAUGGGAUUUCUAUUCCUUCUUCAUACACCAGUUUCAUCCAACCAAUAACAGCAUCAAAACUACACAACGAUAUUAAAGCACACAAAGAUAUUGCUCAUUUUGAAACUGCAUAUGUUGUCAAACUACACCGCGUAGCGACACUUGCACCUCUACAACCGGUUUUUACUUUCACACAUCCAAACUACUCACCAAAUGCUAGCAACCAAAGGUAUACCAAAUUGCAAUUCAAAAUGCUACCAGAUACAGGGUCAUGCCUUGUGCACGGAUUUGCUGGAUAUUUUGACUCUAUUCUAUACAAAGAUGUUCAUCUCGGAAUUGAGCCAAAUACAGCUACACCAAACAUGUUUAGCUGGUUCCCGAUCUUCUUCCCGUUGAGAAAACCCAUCUACGUGCGGUCAGGCUCUCCUAUGGAAGUGCACUUCUGGCGGUGCUGUGCUCCCACAAAGGUGUGGUACGAAUGGACUGUUACGACGCCAACCCCAUCACCAAUCCAUAACAGCAAUGGCCGGUCGUAUUGGGUUGGUCUGUGAGUUAUCAAGAUCAUUCUUUGUUUUGUAUUUUGAGAGACAACAGAGGCUAGGUUCUAUUACAUGUUUUAGUUCGAGUUGACUGGAUGCUACUGGCCUGGAAGAUCCUCCAGUUGAGAUGGUGAUCAUAGGAACAAAUUUUGUAUACUUGUAUUUCGACGGCCUUUUUGAGUUUCUGCUUUCAUCAGAUCGUGGAUUGGCUAGUGUUAGGGACUUUGGUGUUUGACUUACAAUUUUUGACCAUGUUCUUUUGUAUCUCAUCAUUUUUGAAAGCGGAACAUGGACGUGAGCAGAUGUUCUGAACA